CUAGCUCUUACCAUAGCAUCUUUUUUUUUUUAAUACUAAUAAAUUGUUUAAAACUCGAUGUUUAGUUGAGUACACUAUGUGGCCCCAAAAAGAAACCCUAACGAAACCUACACUUGAAUCUAUAUAUAUGGAGUCAUGGAGAAGUAGCUCUUGCUCCACUUACGUUUUUAGCAUUUAACAAGCAAUCAAUAUCAUUAGGAUUAUAUAUGGAGAACAAGUUUUUCGCUGCAUUCUUCUUGCUUCUUGUCCUCUUCUCAUCUCAGGAGAUCAUUGGGGGUGAAGGAAGGACAUGCCAAUCAAAGAGCCACCACUUCAAAUACAUGUGUACGUCCAACCACAACUGUGCCAUAGUUUGCCGUAACGAGGGAUUUUCCGGUGGUCGCUGCCAUGGCUUCCAUCGCCGUUGCUACUGCACCCGCCUUUGCUAACUAGUUUAUUUUCCAUUAAUCCAUUUAAAUGUACUUUUUCUUUCUUUUUAUUUUGAAUACUAAUAAAGUUCAUCUUCUUCUUUUUCUCGUUUGACAUCUAUUGUUGGGUAAAUCUCGAUUCUAGAGGAACGAACUGAGAUAUAUGUAUUAAUAAAAAUCUCACGCUGAUUCUGAAACAAGCAAUGUACUAGAACGUUGUGUCAUGUGUGUUUAUUGAUUAACUAGAGUUAAAUUUGAUUUAAUAAAAAUGUCAUUUGAUCUA